GGCCUGGGUCUCUAAAGCCUCCCUUGACCUUUUAUUUUUCCAACCAAAAAUUCAGGCCUGUGAACUGUUCAGGGGAGAAUACUUGCAACCGGAUGGCUUCGUCUCUCAAAUCUGUGGUUUGGUGGAUUCAGACCUGGCAUAGUAGCUUUGUGACCUUGAGCGAGGGGCUCAACCUCUCUGAGCUUCUACCUCCUCCUCAUCUAAGCAGGGCUCUCUAAUAAUGGGGAAGCCGUUCCGCGCCUGUUUCUGGGUAAAGCACUGGGCAUGCUUUAGAGCUCAUUGCUCCCACUGCAGUCCCGUGAGGUAGGUGUGGUCAUUACUCCACUGAAUAGAUGGGGAAACCGAGGCUGGAUGGAGCCAGGUCUGUCCCUCUCCACUAUACCCCACAGCACAGAACUUAGAGAAUUAAGAGGGAGUUUAUAUGCAGAUUGCCUGGCACAUUCCCUAAUGUUUCCUUUCUUCCUCGCUCCCUCCCUUCCUUCAGAUCUGGGGCUGGGACCCCAAAAGACCUGGGUGCAGGGCUCCGGGUUCCCUGAGGGAAGUGGGCUGAGGCCUGUGGAGACCAUGAUGGACCUCGGCCGCAGCGGCUUCUGAGCUCAUGGAGCCCUCGGCCACCCCGGGGGCCCAGUUGGGGGUCCCCACUGGCAGCAGGGAACCGUCCCCGGUGCCUCCUGACUAUGAAGAUGAGUUUCUCAGCUAUUUGUGGCGCGAUUACCUGUUCCCGAAGCAGUACGAGUGGGUGCUCAUCGCCGCCUACGUGGCCGUGUUCCUCGUGGCCCUGGUGGGCAACACGCUGGUCUGUCUGGCCGUGUGGCGCAACCACCACAUGAGGACCGUCACCAACUACUUCAUCGUCAACCUGUCCCUGGCGGACGUGCUGGUGACGGCCAUCUGCCUGCCAGCCAGCCUGCUGGUGGACAUCACCGAGUCCUGGCUCUUCGGCCAUGCCCUCUGCAAGGUCAUCCCUUACCUACAGGCCGUGUCUGUGUCGGUGGCAGUGCUAACCCUCAGCUUCAUCGCCCUGGACCGCUGGUAUGCCAUCUGCCACCCCCUGUUGUUCAAGAGCACGGCCCGGCGUGCCCGUGGCUCCAUCCUGGGCAUCUGGGCUGUGUCGCUGGCUGUCAUGGUGCCCCAGGCUGCCGUCAUGGAAUGCAGCAGUGUGCUGCCCGAGCUCGCCAACCGCACCCGGCUCUUCUCUGUCUGCGAUGAACGCUGGGCAGAUGACCUCUAUGCCAAGAUCUACCACAGUUGCUUCUUCAUUGUCACCUACCUGGCCCCGCUGGGCCUCAUGGCCAUGGCGUAUUUCCAGAUCUUCCGCAAGCUCUGGGGUCGCCAGAUCCCGGGCACCACAUCGGCCCUGGUGAGGAACUGGAAGCGGCCCUCAGACCAGUCGGAGGAGCAGGGGCAGGGCCUGGGCGCAGGGCCCCCGCCGCGGGCCCGGGCCUUCCUGGCUGAGGUGAAGCAAAUGCGCGCUCGGAGGAAGACAGCCAAGAUGCUGAUGGUGGUGCUGCUGGUCUUUGCCCUCUGCUACCUGCCCAUCAGUGUCCUCAAUGUCCUGAAGAGGGUGUUCGGGAUGUUCCACCAAGCCAACGACCGAGAGGCCGUCUAUGCCUGCUUCACCUUCUCCCACUGGCUGGUGUACGCCAACAGCGCGGCCAACCCCAUCAUCUACAACUUCCUCAGUGGCAAAUUCCGGGAGCAGUUCAAAGCUGCCUUCUCCUGCUGCCUGCCCCGCCUGGGUCCCUGCGGCUCUCUGAGGACCCCCAGCCCCCGCUCCUCUGCCAGGCACAAGUCCUUGUCCUUGCAGAGCCGAUGCUCCGUCUCCAAAGUCUCAGAGCACGUGGUGGUCACCAGCGUCACCACGGUGCUGCCCUGAGCGAGGCUACCCUGUGGCUCCAGGGGGUGCAACCCGUUCUCUGCCUGGACUGCUCCUCUGGCUCCUGGGGGACCAGCCCUGACUGCUAUGGACGCAGUGCGAGGCCAGGGCUCCGGUCCUGGUUUUCUACCUGUUUGACUCUGAGCAAGUAACACCCCUUCUCUGAGCUGUGUCGCCUAAACAGGAUUGAUGUGAGGAUUAAGCAUGCUCAAGAAAGUGGAAAGCUCUCUGUAAAUUGUAGUGUCGUGGACAAGAUUACCAUUGUAUUGCUCACUCGGCUGUCCCUCACAGUACCAUCGAUCCUCAUCAUCCUUCCAGAGCUUGGCCUUCUUCCCAAAGACCCCUCUCCUCCCUGACUACAGGCCUUCCCUAGAGCCUGCUGGGAGAGCCCAGCAACCUUUCCAUCCAGCCCAGUGACUCCCUAAGCCCAGGCUGCACUCGGCCAGCCCUGUCCGCUGCCCUUCCCUGUGGGAACACAGCCCCACCCUCACCAGGUGCCGCGUGCACACACCAGACUGGAUCCUUCGGCUUUGUGGUGUGAUAAAACGCUCUCCAUGUGACCAUUUGGCGUGGAGGCCAGCAGCCCAAAGCAAUUGUAAUUAAAAGCCUGGCACUGAAUGUUCCCUUUCCUUGUCAUUGCACAAAAUCUGUGCCUCUUAAGUUAAAAGCGAGGAAGGUGGGGAAGUCGGGAGUGGGGUGGGGAGAGAGGACAAGGUGGCAUGGAAUGCUGUCUGCUGACUACUCCCACCUCCAUCCCCCCACACCGGAUCCCUGUGGCUCCUCGCCAGGCCUCAGAGCACAUCCCUUGACGUAUCUGUCUG